UUGUCAGUCAGGUUUGAUGUUGACUAACUUCUAUUUAUUCCCUUGAAGCCCCCCUCUUCAUUUCCCACCCUCACAGCUACGUCUUACAAGGAAAAUGGCUCUUCUUGGAUUUCUUGUUGUUGGGUUUCUCUCGAUUGUCACAUCUGCUCAUGGAUACUAUGGAGGUUGGAUUAAUGCUCAUGCCACCUUCUAUGGAGGUGGUGAUGCUUCUGGCACAAUGGGUGGGGCUUGUGGUUAUGGGAACCUCUACAGCCAGGGUUAUGGAAUCAACACAGCAGCACUAAGCACUGCAUUAUUUGACAAUGGCUUGAGCUGUGGAGCUUGCUUUGAGCUCAGGUGUGUGAAUGAUCCACAAUGGUGCCUCCCUGGCUCCAUUGUUGUUACUGCCACUAAUUUCUGCCCACCAGGAGGCUGGUGUGACCCUCCCAACCAUCACUUUGAUCUCUCUCAACCGAUCUUCCAACACAUUGCCCAAUACAAAGCUGGUAUUGUCCCAGUAAGUUACAGAAGGAUAAGGUGCAAGAGAAGUGGAGGCAUUAGGUUCACAAUCAAUGGGCAUUCGUACUUCAAUUUAGUGCUGAUAACCAAUGUAGGUGGAGCAGGCGAUGUGCAUGCAGUGGCCAUAAAGGGUUCAAGAAGUAGAUGGCAACCAAUGUCAAGAAACUGGGGCCAAAACUGGCAGAGUAACUCUUACCUGAAUGGACAAAGUCUCUCUUUUCUAGUUACCACUAGUGAUGGCCGUAGUGUGCUCUCUUACAAUGUUGCCCCUGCUGGCUGGUCCUUCGGCCAGACAUACAUCGGAAGGCAGUUUCGGUAUUAAUUAUAAUUAGCAGAUCCCUUCAAUCUAUUCUAAGAUGCAUUAUUUCAGCUACAAUAUGGAUUGAAUAACUACUAAUGUACCUUUGGUAAAUAGAUAUGUACACUUUAGAAGACAUCUUGGGGGGUCAAGAUUUCUCAUGAUUUGGCCCUUUUCGAUUUCUUCCCAUAUAUUUUUACUGUCAUAUUGAGUUUUUGUAGUUCAUGAAUUGGCACUUGGCACUGAAUUCAAGCCUCAAGGCUUUUUGUUAUUACUGCUAGAAUGGAAGAGAUCAUUAUUUGUAAAUAAAGUCAGUUUCAUUGCUGUUAUUAUAUCAAA